AUGGCCGCUGUCGUUGAAUCUUUGCAGGCGUUGGGUGGCACAGAGUCUCCAGGCAAGCUUUCUCAACGCCUGGACAUGGACCUCACGUGGGAUGGUGUCUGCGACAUUGAGCUCAAGGCUAGCAAAAUCCCCAAAAUUGGGGUCGAGCACGUCAAGCUAAAGGGCAGACUAUCUGUCCUCCUUUGUCCUUUGACUAAUGUCAUCCCGCUGAUUGGUGCGACUCAAUUUGCCUUCAUCAGCCCGCCAACUCUGCAUCUCGACUUCACCGAUGCCGGCGGCAUUGGCGACCUCGCCAUCGUAGAUCGGGCCAUCCGCAAGGUCGUCCUCAGCGUAAUCUCAUCCAUGGCCGUGCUGCCCAACCGGUUCCUGUUCAAGCUCGACCCCAACAGCGACUAUUUCAAGACCUACCAGCACCCCAUCGGGAUCCUGCGCUUGACCACGGUCAAGAACAACCGCCACCCGGAGUGGAACGAGACCAACGACUUCCUCGUGUCCGACCUGGACCAGAUCAUCGAGCUGGACGUGCAGGACGACGACACCAUCUCGGACGACGACAUGGGCGUCGGCGCCACCACCGACCAGCCCACGGAUCGCACGCUUCGCAUCAGCGGGCGGUUCUUCCAGUUCGCGCCCGACGCGGCCAGCCUCUCGGAGAGGGGGCCGGAUCUUAAGCCCAGCGUCAAAGUGUCGUGGGGCGACCGUAACUUCCGCACGGUGAUCAAGAGCGACGCUCCGGGCAUGGAUAUCGAGAACCCGAGCUUCGAUCAGACGUUUAGCUUCCCCAUCACCGCGGGUAUGGUGCCCGGCCCGCCUGUGAGGAUCGCCCUCUUGGACAAGGAGGCCGAGACAGGCGCGAUCGAGGUGUCCAUCGAAGAGGUACUCGCGGCUGCUAAUUUCGCCGUGGAGAAGAAGUUCGAUAUCAAAUCCGCUGAACAGCUUCAGCAGUUCUUCCACCAUGUUGAGUUGCCUCAGAGAUUCAGAGAAGAUCCAGCGCCGACACUCGAGCUGCUGAAAGUCUUACACGUCCACACGUUAUCUACGCUGCCGUACGAAAACUUAUCCAUCCACUACAACAAAGAACACACCAUUACGCUCGAGCCCCAAUACCUCUUCCGCAAGAUUGUGACCGACAGCCGGGGUCGUGGCGGGUUCUGCAUGGAAAUAGCCAUAUUAUACAAUCACAUUCUCCGUGCGAUCGGGUUUGAUGCGUACACGGCAGGCGUCAGAACGCGUGGUCGUCUCCAGGGCGUGCCUCUGGGGACUACCCGGGUGGUACGUAGCCGGCUCCCCUUCGACGCUACAACACCCCUUCAACGCUUACUAGAGGCUAGGAAUCACAUUGUCAACAUCGUUACGUUUCCGGAUGGGAGCAAGUAUCACGCAGAUGUAGCAUUCGGUGGCGAUGGGGCAACCAUGCCGAUGCCUUUGGUGGAUGGGCUGGUGCACCAAAACUUUGGCACUCAGGAGAUCCGCUUGAUUCGGGAUUGGAUCCCUCUCCAAGUCCACCGCACAGAAGAGAGCAAGUUGUGGAUAUACCAGUACAGAAACGGCCGGGAACUCGAAUGGAACUCGUUUUACUCCUUCCCUGGAGUAGAGUUCCUCGACUUGGACUGGGGCGUGGUCAACUUUUGGAUCAACGAAAACUCGCAGAGCCACCAGAGGGUCAACGUGCUAGUUAUCAAAUUCUUGCGUAGGUUGAAGCAGGGCCGCGACGACACGUACGAGCUCUACGGUAAAAGAAUGCUGGUGAAUAGCACGAUCAAGGAAAACCUUGGGGGCAGGACUGGCAUCAUACAGGAAUGCAAGUCGGAGAGCGAUCGGAUUGCGGCACUAGCACACCAUUUCGGCAUCAAGUUGGCCAGGGAGGAGGAGGAAGCCAACAUACACUUUGAGAUGCGCGCCCAAUUUCGAUCUCUGUUUCGGGCCACGUCGAGGGCGUCGUAUGGGGCUCGCGUCGCCUCGAACGGGGCGAGCGGUCGCAAUGCGAAAUUCCUCUACGCAGCCACCGGUGCGCUGGUUGGCGCGGAGGAUACGCUCAAGGGGCUAGAGGAGAUUCGGCGCGAACUGGGCAAUGACGCCGUCAGUACCGACGCCGACGAUAUAGAGGAGCAUGGAUUCUCCGAGUGGUCAACCUCCAAUACCAAGAGCAGGCCUCGGGCAGUCGUCAGGCCAUUAAGCACCGAGCAGGUCUCCGCGGUCGCUCGAAUCUGCAGCAAGUAUAAGAUUCCCAUGGUUCCCUUUGGAGCAGGUUCGAGCGUCGAGGGAAACUUCUCAUCUCCUCAUUCGGGGCUCUGCAUCGACCUCUCCUUGAUGAACAAUGUCGUCGCGUUUCACCCGGAAGAUUUGGACGUGGUUGUCCAGGCAGGUGUCAACUGGACCAAUCUCAACGAAGAGAUCAAGGGCAGCGGGCUCUUUCUUCCGUUAGAUCCUAGCCCUACUGCUUUGGUUGGGGGUAUGAUCGCAACAAAUUGCAGCGGUACCAACGCGAUGCGCUACGGGACCAUGAAGGACUACGUCAUUAGCUUGACGGUGGUUCUGGCAGAUGGCUCCGUCAUCAAGACGAGACACAGACCUCGGAAAACCUCUGCUGGGUAUAACCUGACGGCCCUAUUCACUGGCUCCGAAGGGACUUUGGGAAUCAUAACCGAGGCCACGUUAAAGUUGGCCAUUAUUCCCCCAACAGAGCCUGCGUUGGAAUUGAUGGACGACUUACAGAUGAAGGUCAUCAACACAAGCGGCGGGGCGGGAGGAAGAAAGUGGGAAGAAGCGGCGACUUUAUUCCUCAAGUUUUCUGGUACGGAGCAGGUGAUACAAGAUAGCAUUUCCUCCGCCAAGGAGGUCGCCAAUCUAUCUGGCUGCCAGUCCUUUGAGUCUGCCACGGAACCUGACAAGAUGGAUUCGCUAUGGUCUGCGCGGAAGCAGGCUCUUUGGGCCUGUCUCGCGGUGCGACCGGAGGGCACCGAAGUGUGGUCGACGGACGUCGCGGUGCCCAUCUCGCACAUGGCAGACCUUAUCGAUGAGUGCAAAAAUGACGCGGCCAAGUUGGGGCUGUUUUCUAGCGUGUUGGGACACGUCGGGGAUGGCAAUUUCCACCAGAUGAUCAUGUAUAACCCGAAUAAACCAGAGGAAGCUGCUUCCGUCAAGGAAUUCAUUGAUAGCAUGAUGCACAAGGCUAUCAAGAGGGAGGGAACUGUCUCGCACGGUAUCGGUAUCGGGAAAAAGCACUGCCUUCUCGAAGAGCUUGGCCCGGACACGAUUGGACUGAUGAAAACGUUCAAGAAGAGCGUUGACCCCUUCUGGCUGAUGAACCCUGGCAAGGUGUUUGACGAGUAA